AUGCCAGCAGGCAAGUCCAAUACCGCGGAUUUAUCAACACGUCAUAAACGAUGGACUUUUAAUACGUGGCGUCUACAUGGCCGGCGGCAAUUGUCCAACGGUGGGUUAUCUCAACAGAACGCUGAUUAUCCAUAUCAAGUCUACAAUGAUGAAGACGAUCUUGUACGACAAAUCCAUGAACGGCUUUCUCAAGCUUUUCCUGAAUUGAAUCGUAAUUAG